GCGUUUUAGAAUGAUUACUGGUGGCCAGCGGAGAGACAGAUUAUACAGCUCUACACAACUGUUGUUUUAAUCCCCCGGGCGAGGAGAUUUAGCAAAGAAAAAACACUGGUUUUAAACCCAGCAGCCAUAUUGCAUGGAAAAAACGACGGAAAGACUCAUCUAUUUCAUAAAAAGUCGUUUUCUCGGACAUCUCUGUCAGGACUUUUGGGAAGUUAAUUUCUUUUUCUUUUUUACUGGCUGUUUGUUUCUACCGGACAGCGAGCCUGCCAGCUGGCUGAGGACUUCAGAGAUUGGGACUGGGGUUUUUUUUAAUUUAAAAAAGCUAUUUUGCACAUUAUUGUAGUGAUCUGUCUUGGUCCAAAGGUGCAAAACUAACAGUGUAAAGAUGAAGGACCGAUUGGAGCAACUUAAAGCGACGUGUGAUCAAGAUGACGACGAGGUGGAGAUCGCUGUGGACAACGCUGCCUUCAUGGACGAGUUCUUCUCUCAGAUCGAGGACAUCAGGAACAGUAUUGAUAAAAUUGACGAGAAUGUCGCUGAAGUCAAAAAGCUUUACUCCAUCAUCCUGUCUGCUCCCACAUCAGAUCAGAAAACACAGGAUGACUUGGAAGCAAUCACCAAUGACAUAAAGAAGAUGGCCAACAAUGCAAGAAACAAACUCAAGACCAUCGAGAGGAAUCUGGAGUCUGAGGAGCAGGAGAGGGUGUCUGCUGACAUGCGGAUACGUAAAUCACAGCAUGCUGUGCUGUCAAGGAAGUUUGUGGAGGUAAUGACAAAGUAUAAUGAAGCCCAGGUGGACUUCAGAGAGAGGAGUAAAGGACGUAUUCAGAGACAGCUAGAAAUCACUGGGAAAGCAACAACAGAUGAUGAACUGGAGGAGAUGUUGGAGAGUGGCAAUGCAGCAGUGUUUACUGCAGGGAUUGUCGACUCUGGCAUCUCUAAACAAGCCCUAAGUGAGAUUGAAGCCAGGCACAAAGACAUUGUGCGCCUGGAGAGCAGCAUCAAGGAGCUCCAUGAUAUGUUUGUAGACAUUGCCAUGCUUGUGGAGAGCCAGGGAGAAAUAGUAGACAACAUAGAGCAGAAUGUAUCCAAAUCAGUGGACCACAUAACGGUGGCAAAGGAGCAGACCAAAAAAGCUGUAAGGUACCAGACCAAAGCACGAAAGAAAACUGUGAUAAUAGUGGUGGUUGUGGUGAUCUUACUGGCCGUACUAGCUCUCAUUAUCGGGUUGUCAGUGGGAUUAUAGUGAAGCUGAUGAGCUAGUUGAACAGGAGAGCUAAAGAAGAAGAUCAUUAUUGGAGAAUCCUGUGCUGUGGAUAUUCUCGUCAUCCUCAUUCUCACCAACCUCACCCUCCAACCCACCUCAGUUAGUUCGCCAUGCACUCAAUCCUGCCGUCCAUCAGCCAGCUGACCAAAUAGCCAACCAAAUGAUUCUGAUCUCUUCCUUCUGGAGGUCUAGGGCUUCAUAUGACCUCUGCUGUAACAGAAUACUUACGAGGCCUGACUCGACUUUAAAACUUUUUGACCUUUGGCCAAUCAGAACAGUCCUUCGGGGGCCUUUGAGUUUCUGUUUGACUCCCUUUAAGUGACUCGGACAGUUUGAGGAUGCUCUGCUGCAGAAGAGAAAAACGAGAGUGAAGCUGACAUGAAGUAGAAAAAAACCUAUUGUAUCUCUUCGGAGGGGAAAAGGGAAUUGAAAAUAACUGAUUGAAUGUCUCUCCACUCUCCCUAAACAUUUCAUUGUCAAAGAACCUCCUUCAUCGUCAUUUCAUGCCUUAAUGAGCCUUGAAACAUUGUGUGAUUGAAAAGCUAGCUACUGUAUGUUCACUGUAUCUGGAUUUUGUUAGUUUUGGGAAGUUCCAGCACUUUCACGUUUCAAAAUAAAUCUUAUUCCUGUAAUUACGUUUAGAUUAUGAUGUAAAUUAUAUCAGUUUUUAAACUUGAAGAAUACCGCUGUGCUCACUUUUUUUUUUUUUAUUGUUUCUGAGGGUGUGACUACAAUGAUGGAAACAUUUCAUAGACAGGUGGAGCUAAGAUGAGCAAAAAUCACACAAAAUCCAGGUGUGGGGGGAUGAACACGCAUGUCUUGCUUUAUGAUUUAUCUAACCACUAUAUCAUCUGAGAGAAAUGCCAGAUUUUCCGUUUUUGUAGCUUUGCUCACGUCCUAUAAUGUCAGCCAUCUGAACUUUUUACACAUAGAAGGCUGUAAAAAGCAUUCUAAAGCCAGAUGGUGUGAAGUAACACUCAACCUUUUUCCUUCCAGUGCCACAUUAGUCUUUGCAUUUAUUUAAAUGCUAAUGAGGUUUUGCAAAUAAAGGUACACAUACAAUAAAAAGUGUAAAUGGACAUUCCAAAAUACAGCAACGUCUUCCAUUGCGCUUAAAUACUGGAGUAUUUUUCCUGCCAUAUUUCGAGUACAUACAGUCUAAUCGAACUGCCUUGCAUUAAGUCUGCAUGUUCAUGAAGGUUAUAAAGUUAUUUUUUUGAGAUAUGUUGCUGUGGAGAUAUGUUGGCAACACUUCAUGGACACUUUAGAGGCAGCAGUUUGUGAUGCUUUUGAAUUGUGUUGCAUAAUAACAAAGAGGUGUCAAAUAGUUUUUCACCACUUAUACUGAUAUGAACAGAACAAUGCUCCCAUAGAAAUAGAAAAAAAGUAUAACCCCGUAAAAAGACCAUGAAUUUUAAACAGCACUUUUAAGUAGUAAAACCUGAACAUAAUAACCAUCUCUGUUAAAGUCAGGCAGAGUCUAUCAUGUAUGGCAAAAUUGACGUAUGGCUUUUGUUUCAGACUGCAAAUGCAAAACGGUUCCUUCUGGUUGAUCAUCUUUCACUGCCUUACAGUCCAUUAUUGUCAGUCAAGAAGGGGUUAAAUGAUUUGCACCUCCACUGAGAGAAGUCUUUGUUUCUGUCAGAUCCCAGUUUGAAUGGGGCUUUUAACGCUGCUUGUUUGGGGAGCACUUGAAAGUGAGAGGCCUCCCUCAGCUUGCUCUUUUGACCACACAGUCUGCUCUUUUGGCUCCUGUUCUUAACCAUUCAGUCCUAAUGUUUCUAUUCACCUCCUUUUAUUUUUUUCUUCACACCACUUUAGCAGUGAGCACGUGCUGCAGUAACACAAUGGGAAGCUGAAGAUGUUGUACAGUGUAAAUGUUAAAUUAAGAUGAUUUUAAAGAAAAAAUAAAGAUGCUAUGUUUUUUAA